AUGGUAAACUUAGAUUUUGGUGUGACAGGCGAGUCAAUCGGCACUUCGAACGAAUGCCUCUUUCGUUUUCGAAGCCCCAUAGGAUUCUUUAACAGUCCCAGAUAUCCAGCAAAUUACCCACUCGACACGAAUUGCACGUACUUUAUCGAAGGCAGGCCUGGGCAACAAAUCCUUAUCCAUUUUGAACAGUUUGCGCUCUAUGUGGGAAAGGAUGAGGACAGAUGUAAAGAUUGGUUGGAGAUCUAUGAUGUGUUUCAAGACGGUGGAGAUGAACGACUUGUUUUGCAA